AUGAGCAAACCAAGUUCAUUAGAACAUUCUUGUCCGUCUCUUACUAUUACUGCAACUAAAAACUGUCAAGUUUGUGGUAAACUAGGUCAUGGAAAACACUUUGGCGCGUUUACUUGUAGAGCAUGUGCAGCGUUUUUCCGACGUUUCGCACAGGACAACAAUUUCAGGCCGUGCGAAAAAUAUAAAAUAUGUGGUCUGCCAAAAAAUGGAUGGUUCAAUUGCAAAUCGUGUCGACUGAAACGAUGCCGGAAUUUAGGAAUGACCAUGGAUAAUUUUCAAUUUGGACGGGACCCGUACGUCUCAACGAUUGCCAAAACACAGAAUACCAUUCCAACGACAGUCGACAUUUUUCUCGGAAAGCCAAGUUUGAUAAUUUACUGUGCACGGCAAUCAGGGUCCGCGGAUCAUUUCAAAUUCAAUGUAGACCUUCAUUACUUAUUGGAAAAGGCUGAAAAAGUUUUGGAAAAGGGUCCCGAAACAAUUAUAUAUUCUUCAAAUCCUCUUGAAAAGCUGUCUUUUGGACUCCGCAAAAUUUGCUGGCCCGAUACCAGUACAACAAAGACCGUUACAAAAUUUGGCAGAGACGAAACAUUUGCAUUGUGGGAAGAUGAAAUUUUGAAGGCUGCCAAAUGGCUCACCUACUUUGACGAUUUUCAGAUGCUUUCUAUGCAACUGAAGACAGAAAUAGUGAAAAGUGUCUGGAACGCGUUUAGUCGUUUGGUUCGAAUAGCUAGUGCAGCGAUGGCUAGAAAGUCGGAAGUUUGUGAGAAAAACAUGCUGGUGACGUAUAUUGGUGACGAAUUUUUAGUUGCUGAUUACAAGAAAAUGGUUUUCGACAUUUCGUGGUGCUCGAAUUAUACACACGAGCAACUGAAAUUGUGA